UCUGAAAAUGCUUGUGAAAAGACUUCAUUUAUGUUUCUGCGACAAGAGUUGCCUGUGAGAUUGGCAAACAUAAUGAAGGAAAUAAGCCUGCUUCCAGACAACCUCCUAAGAACACCUUCAGUUCAGCUGGUGCAGAGCUGGUAUGUCCAAAGUCUUCAGGAGAUCCUUGACUUCAAGGACAAAAGCUCAGAGGAUUCAGGGGCUAUUCAUAGUUUUACAGAUAUUGUGAUAAAAAUCCGGAAUCGACACAAUGAUGUAAUUCCUACAAUGGCUCAAGGAGUAAUAGAGUACAAGGAAAGCUUUGGCAUUGAUCCAGUGACCUCACAGAAUGUGCAGUAUUUUUUAGACCGUUUCUACAUGAGUCGCAUUUCAAUUAGAAUGCUCCUUAAUCAACACUCUUUACUGUUUGGUGGGAAAAUUAAUCCAGCUCAUCCAAAACACAUUGGAAGCAUUGAUCCUAGCUGCAAUGUUGUUGAAGUCAUCAGAGAUGGCUAUGAAAGUGCCAAGAGACUUUGUGAUUUAUAUUACAUGAGCUCUCCAGAACUCAUCCUUGAAGAGUUGAAUGCUAAAUCACCAGGACAGCCCAUGCAAGUGGUGUAUGUGCCAUCACAUCUCUAUCACAUGGUUUUCGAACUUUUCAAGAAUGCAAUGAGAGCCACCAUGGAACAUAAUGCUGAUCGAUGCAUUUAUCCUGCAAUUCAUGUACACGUCACAUUGGGAAAUGAGGAUUUAACUGUGAAGAUGAGUGAUCGUGGUGGAGGUGUUCCUUUGAGGAAAAUUGACAGACUGUUCAACUACAUGUAUUCAACAGCACCACGUCCACGUGUUGAGACAUCACGAGCUACACCUUUGGCUGGAUUUGGUUAUGGCUUACCCAUAUCACGUCUGUAUGCACAGUACUUCCAAGGAGACCUGAAACUGUAUUCCUUAGAAGGCUAUGGUACAGAUGCAGUUAUUUACAUAAAGGCCUUAUCAACAGAAUCAAUUGAAAGACUCCCUGUAUAUAACAAAGCAGCCUGGAAGCAUUAUAAAGCAAACCAUGAAGCAGAUGAUUGGUGCGUGCCAAGCAGCGAGCCAAAGGACAUGACCACGUUUCGCAGUACAUAGCUUUUUCCUCAACAGUUCAUAAGAAGUAGGUAUGUCUGUAAAGGGAAUUUAAAAGACCUGAUUUACACCAAGAUGCUGAGCCACAUUUGAUAUGUGAAAGUAAUUUUAAGUGGAGUAACAGAAGGUUUAAUGUAAUUACUCUCUUCUGGAAUUAAAAAAAAAAAAACAACCACCCAAAACCAAGAAAAACCCCAAACCUGUUCAUACUUUUAAAUUUUAAGUGAGAAGGUCACACUUCAUUUGUUCCACUUUCUAUUUAUGACUACUUUCAGUAGCUAAGUCAAGGGAGCAGUCAUUUCAGGUUU